AUGAGAUAUCGAAGCGUAUACGACAUUGCUUUGCCUUCGCAAGGUUCUGCUUCACUGAUGCAACUUCUCGAUUACCUCAACCAAGCACGUGUAUUGGACGCCAUCGGAUCACCCGUCAACUUUACCCUGUCCAGCAGGGCCGUCUCUCAGGGCUCUGAGGAUACGGCCGAUCGAUACAGAGGAGGAAACGUUGACUACAUCUGUAACUGGUUUGGAGGCGAAGCGGUCUCGUUACGAAUUGCCGAGCAGGCAGGUGGUGAUUAUGCCAUUCACUUUCGAGCAUCAGGAUACGCCGCCAUCAAAGUGAACGAGACAUAUACGGGCGGCGAGGUUCGACAAUACGGCAACCUCUCCUUUAGCCGCAUCUUUCAGGCUUCUCACCAUACACACCAGGAUCAGCCCGAGACGGCGUUUCAGAUCUUUACGCGCAUCGCCAUGGGCAAAUCCAUCUCGACGGGGAAAUCUGUGGCCUUGCAUUCCUUCAACACCACGGGACCCUUGAAAUCGACAAAAAAAGACUCGCUACCGACAAUGCCGCGUCCGACUUGCUACAUCCGGGCGCACCGGUACUCUUGUGAUCCGGACAUCUGGUCGUUGGGAUUAGAUGGAGGGAGUAUUGUCAUCAACGACAACCUAUACGAAAAGUUUGAGGACUGGCCCCUGGCUGCCCGGCAACCGAGGGCAGCGGCGAACUCCAGUGUCGCGAAAUGGAAGCCGAACCUACGACGGUCAAUCCUCACGGCCAUGACGGUGUGCUGGGCAGCGUUCAUGUAG